CUGGCAAAACGAGGACUCAAUGUUGUGCUGAUCAGCCGGACUCUGGAAAAACUGCAGGCCAUGGCCGCAGAGAUUGAGGAGACUACGGGGAGUAGAGUGAAGAUUAUACAAGCAGAUUUCACCAGAGAUGACAUCUAUGACUAUAUUAAAGAAAAACUUACAGGCUUAGAAAUUGGAAUUUUAGUCAACAAUGUCGGAAUGCUCCCGAACUUGCUCCCAACCUAUUUCCUUCAUGCGCCUGAUGAAGUCCAGAGCCUCAUCCAUUGUAACAUCACCUCAGUUGUCAAGAUGACGCAACUGGUGCUGAAACACAUGGAGUCAAGGCGGAAAGGUCUCAUCUUGAACAUUUCUUCCGGGACAGCCCUCUUCCCUUGGCCUCUGUACACCAUGUACUCGGCUUCCAAGGCGUUCGUGCGAGUGUUUUCCAAGGCCCUGCAAGCGGAAUAUAAAGCAAAAGGAAUCGUCAUCCAGGUGCUGACCCCAUUUGCUAUUUCAACCCCAAUGACAAAGUAUCUCAACGCCAACGUGAUAACCAAGACUGCCGAUGAGUUUGUGAAAGAAUCGCUGAGUUACGUCUUGAUUGGAGAUGAAACCUGUGGCUGCCUUGCCCAUGAAAUCGUGGCGAGCUUCCUGAAUCUGGUCCCGUCCUGGGCCACCUGCAGCAGCAUGUUCCAGAAGGCACUCCUGACUCGAUACGCAGAGUACCUGAAGCAGAACUCCAGCCUUGGGUAACCUGGGCAGAGGUGCUGCAGUCCUGUGCUGGCUUAAGAGGACCACAGACCAAACCAGCCCCUG